AUGCCCAACUCUUCCUGGAGUGCCAGCUCCUCUCUGCUGCUGCUGUGUGAAGAGUCCUCAGGGACCAGGAUCUCUUUGUCUCUUCUGUACUCCUUGUUAGCCAUAUCAGGGACCUUAUCCAAUGUGAUGGUCAUUUAUUUAGUCUUCUCCUUCAAGAAGCUACAGACCACCAGCAAUGCUUUCAUUGUGAAUGGCUGUGCCGCUGACCUGAGCGUCUGUGCCCUCUGGAUGCCACAGGAGGCGGUGCUGUGGCUGCUACCACCAAACUCCCCUUCUGCCCACUCAACAGGAUACCGGCUGCUCCGGGGGGCGCUCCUGGGCCUUGGCCUCACUGUCUCCCUGGUCUCCCACCUUCUGGUAGCUCUCAACAGGUAUGUACUCAUCACUAAAGCACCUAGUACUUACCAAGCAAUCUACCAGCGGAGACAUGUAGGGUGGAUGAUUGGACUGUCCUGGGGCCUUGCCUUGCUCUUGGUCCUGCUGCUGCCCAGGCUUUGGACACAGUGGCCUUCACAGCAGUCACCCCAGGGGGACACUAGCAGCAGUGUGCACUAUACUGCUCUGCUGGUACCUCUGGCCAUGCUCAGCCAGACGGCACUGCUGCUCCACUGCUAUCUUGGCAUCGUGAGGCGGGUACGGGGCAGUGUCAAACGGGUCAGUGUUCUCAACUUCCACCUUCUGCACCAGCUGCCCUUCCCUGCUGCCCCACAGCCACCACGCCGGGCCCAGCGACGCCUCAGCAGCAUCUCUGUGCUGCUCCUCUGCUGUGUCUUCCUCCUGGACACCCAGCCCCUGGUGUGGGUGAGCCUGCUGGGCUUCUUCCUGCAGCCCAUGCCCCGGGCACUGCAAGCGACCAGCUGGCUGCUGCUCUGCUCACUGUCAGCAUUCAACCCACUGCUUUAUACCUGGAAGAAUGAGGAGUUCAGGCGCUCCGUGCGCUCAGUGUUGCCGGGAGGAGACGCUCCAGCUGUAACUGUAGCUGUGGCAGCAGCAGCCACCGCCCUCCCCACGGUGUCCCUUCCCUCCCAGGAGCUGCCACAGCUGGGUGCCAGGGUGAAGAGCAUGGGUAACCUCAUGCUUCACUGA